AUGGACGUGCAGGGACCACACAGUAUGGACGUGUGGGGAACACACAGUAUGGACGUGUGGAGAACACAGUAUGGACGUGUAGGGAACACACAGUAUGGACGUGUGGAGAACACACAGUAUGGACGUGUAGGUGACACACAGUAUGGACGUGCAGGGACCACACAGUAUGGACGUGUGGGGAACACACAGUAUGGACGUGUGGAGAACACACAGUAUGGACGUGUGGAGAAAACACAGUAUGGACGUGUGGAGAACACACAGUAUGGACGUGUAGGGAACACAUAUAGACGUGUGGAGAACACACAGUAUAGACGUGUGGAGAACACACAGUAUGGACGUGAGGAGAACACACAGUAUGGACGUGUGGAGAACACACAGUAUGGACGUGUGGAGAACACACAGUAUGGAAGUGUAGGGACCACACAGUAUGGACGUGUAGGGAACACACAGUAUGGACGUGUAGAGAACACACAGUAUGGACGUGUGGAGGACACACAGUAUGGACGUGUGGAGAACACACAGUAUGGACGUGAGGAGAACACACAGUAUGGACGUGUAGAGAACACACAGUAUGGACGUGUGGGUAACACACAGUAUGGACGUGUGGGGAACACACAGUAUGGAAUUGUGGAGAACACACAGUAUGGACGUGUGGAGAACACACAGUAUGGACGUGAGGAGAACACACAGUAUGGACGUGUGGAGAACACACAGUAUGGACGUGUUGGGAACACACAGUAUGGACGUGUGGGUAACACACAGUAUGGACGUGAAGUGAACACACAGUAUGGACGUGUGGAUAACACAUAG